AUGGCUAAUAGCGCUAACGUAAAAAACAAGGUCUGCUUGGUUGUGAUCGAUGGUUGGGGCAUAAGUGAUGAGAAAAGAGGUAAUGCAAUUGCUAACGCGAACACUCCUGUUAUGGAUAAGCUCUGCUCGGGUAACUGGCAGCAGAUUGAGGCACACGGUCUGCACGUUGGUCUCCCUGAAGGUCUGAUGGGUAAUUCUGAAGUUGGCCAUUUGAAUAUUGGUGCUGGUCGUGUGGUGUAUCAAAACCCAGCUUUAAAAGCUGCUGCUGAACGUGCUGUUAAGGGCAAUGGUCGGAUUCAUCUUUGUGGUUUGGUUAGUGAUGGAGGUGUUCAUUCGCACAUAGAUCAUCUGUUUGCACUUAUUAGUGCUCUCAAAGAGUUGAAAGUUCCAAAACUGUUUAUUCACUUUUUUGGUGACGGACGUGACACUAGUCCGACUAGUGGAGUUGGCUACUUACAACAGUUAAUUGAUUAUGUCAAGAAAGUGCAGUACGGUGAGAUUUCAACUAUUGUUGGAAGGUAUUACGCUAUGGAUCGGGAUAAGCGAUGGGAACGAAUUCGAGUGGCUUACGAUGCUCUUAUUGGUGGUAUUGGAGAAAAAACGACUAUUGAUAAAGCAGUUGAUGCAAUCAAAAGUCGUUACGCAAAAGAUGAAACUGAUGAGUUUUUGAAACCCAUAGUUUUAAAUGAUGAGGGACGGACUAAAGAUGGUGAUACUGUAAUAUUCUUCGAUUACCGUGCAGAUCGCAUGCGUCAGAUUACAGAAUCAAUGGGGAUGGAGCGGUAUAAGGAUUUACAUUCUGAGCUUCCUCACCCGAAAGAUAUGCAAGUAAUUGGAAUGACUCAGUAUAAGGCUGAGUUCCCGUUCCCUACAUUGUUCCCACCUGAGAACCACGUCAAUGUCUUGGCUGAAUGGUUAUCGAAACAAGGAUUAACACAAUUCCAUUGUGCAGAAACCGAGAAGUAUGCACACGUAACAUUCUUCUUCAAUGGUGGUGUUGAGAAACAGUUUGAGGGAGAGGAAAGAUGUCUAGUUCCGUCUCCAAAAGUGGCUACAUAUGAUCUCCUUCCUCCGAUGAGCUCUGCUGGUGUCGCUGAUAAGAUGGUAGAGCAGCUGAAUUUGAAGAAGCAUCCGUUUGUAAUGUGCAAUUUUGCACCUCCAGAUAUGGUAGGCCAUACUGGUAUUUAUGAUGCAGCUGUGAAAGCCUGUGAAGCCACGGACACUGCGAUUGGCAGAGUUUAUGAGGCGUGCAAGGCUAAUGGCUACAUUUUAAUGGUAACUGCCGAUCAUGGUAAUGCCGAGAAGAUGUUGGACCCUGUUGGGGGAAAACAUACCGCGCACACGUGUAAUAGAGUCCCCUUCACAUGCAGUUCUGACAAAUUCGUAUUCAAAAAAUCGCUACCAGAUCGUGCAAUGGGAUUAUGUGACGUAGCUCCAACUGUUUUACAUGUAAUGGGAUUGCCAAUACCACCAGAAAUGGGUGGCUGCUCACUGGUGGAUUCUGUUUGA